AUGCCCGAUUGCCUGUUUCCUAGGAAGACUUGUCAAACUAUCAAACGAUAUCUCGUCUGUCUUAUCUUUUCAACACGAACGUGCCAGGUCAAGCAGUCGGUGGUUAAUCCUGAGCAGGGCCGUGUGAGCUCCCCGGCGGCAUUAGAGGGAGGAGGCCGGGCUCCCCUCCCUGGGGCCCGGACCCCCGACGGCAGCCCAGAGGACCAUGAGGCCCCCUCAACCUCCAGCCUGCUGCAACACGGCCGGGGAGCACGGCUGAUCCUCCUCCUGCAGGUCCUGAACCUGCAACCGCUCCUGCCGCAGGCCCUGGAGCUGCAACCCACCCUACUGCGGGUCCUGGAGCUGCAACCCGCCCUGCUGCAGGUCCAGGAGCUGCAACCCGCCCUGCUGCAGGUCCUGGAGCUGCAACCCGCCCUGCUGCAGGUCCUGGAGCUGCAACCCGCCCUGCUGCAGGUCCUGGAGCUGCAACCCGCCCUGCUGCCGCUCCUGGAGCUGCAACCCGCCCUGCUGCUGCUGUUGCUACAGGUCCUGCUGCUGGUCCUGGAGUUGCAAUCGCUUCUGCUGCUGCAGCCCGUCCUGCUGCUCCGGCUGCAGGUCCUGGAGCUGCAACCGGUUCUGCUGCAGCCGGUCCUGAAGCUGCAACCGGUCCUGCCGCGCCUGUUGCAGGUACCGGAGCUGCCACCGGUUCUUCUGCUUCUGGAGCUGCAGCCGGGCCUGCUGCUGAGGCUGCUACAGGUCCCGGGGCUGCAGCCGGUUCUGCUGUUGCUGCUGCAACCGAUCCUCCUGCUCCCGUUGCGGGUCCUGGAGCUGCAGUGGGGCCUGCUGCUGCUGCUGCUGCAGGUCCGGGAGCUGCAACCGGUGCUGCAGCCGGUCCUGCCGCUGCAUCGGGAGCCCGUCGAGGCCACGGUCCCAAAUCGGAGCAUGCCACUGCAAGCCGGACUGAGGGGGAAGACGCCCCUCGCACCCUCCAGCACCACUCAGCCAGUCACUGGUAUUUAUUCAGCGCUUACUGUGUGCAGAGCACUGUGCUAAGCGCUUAGCACCAGGGCCAGGAGGAGCGGCAACUGGUGUACUGGCCCUCCAGGCCGCCCCGUGCCCCCUUGGUGGCGGAUGAUGAUGAUGAAGGUGAGGGAACUGAGGCCCAGAGAAGCAAAGUGAC